CUACUUUUUUCUCCCACUUCUACUAUAUUUUGUUUGUUCACAAAAAAAGAAGAGAAAGCUAUUCUCAAACAAAACCCUACUAUUUUUUAUAUACCCUGCCUUUUUACAACACAUCCUAUCCCUUCCUACUUUUAUCCUUUUUUAAAUAAUGACCACCACUGUCAGCCACACUUUCCGGCUAGAUACCGCCGAGGAAACCACGACUGUUGAGAUCCAUGGAACCUUCGGCGCCACCCAUUGGACCGCCAUCCCACUGCAACCCACCACCAACCCUAACCAGUACGAAGUUACCCUGGAGCUGAUUCCCGGAACAAACUAUCUCUACAAGUACAAGGUCAAUGGUGAGUGGCUUUUGGAUACUAAUGCCAAGCAACAGUUGGUAGAAGAUGGUGUGGUCAAUAAUGUUUUUGUCGCGCCAGUAUUGUCAUCUGCUGCUGAUGAGGGUGUUUCUGGCGUUGAGCUUAUUAAGUCUGAGGAGAAGGCUGUUGAGCAGGAUAAGGCCGAGGCUGAAGACAAGGCUGAGGUGGUUGCUGAGAUCGCUGCCAUUGAGGAGGUUGCUGCCGUCGAGGUUGCUGCUGUUGAGGAGGUUGCCGCCGUCGAGGAGGCUGCUGCCGUUGAGGAGGUUGCUGCCGUCGAGGUUGCCGCUGUCGAGAAGGCCGCUGUUGAGGAGGAGGUAGCUGCACCUGCUCCUGCUGAGGAGGCUCAGCCCCGGGUAAGCCUCAGCUCAACCACCAGCACACAAAAGAAGAACCGUGGAAUUGCCGGCUUCUUCAGACGGUUCUUCUCGUAAGUUCACUGAUCUUACAUUAUUUUCUUUUUCACCUUCAGCUGUUCAUUUUCUCA